AUGACGACCGGCAGCGACGACGACAGCCUCCACGAGGGGCUCGCGCGGCUCUUUGGGCCAGCGCGGCGGAAGAGGAAGCGCAGGCGCGAGAUGUCGGAAGCGGAGGCCGUGACGAUGGUCAAGAGGAGCGUCCGGGACGCGCCCAACCAAGUGCUGGCGGUGCGGCGCACCCUGGCGUCGAUUCUUGCUGCGCUGCAGAGCGUUGCGCCGCCAAUGCAUCACGUCAUCGCUGUCUUCUCGAGUCUAUUUGCCCGCUCCAAAGUGUUUCGCGACGAGUUCGUACGAGCGAUGUACCCCAUCUUCUCACUCUGGUCGUCCAAGCAACUAUACUCGGUUGAGCUCCUCAAGCUGCUAGAGCAUUGGGACGCGCAGCAUCGGUCAACAUACCCCCAGCUCCAUGCAGCGAUCGAGGCAAUCCCGGCCAAGUUUAAAAACCUUCUUCAAGCCCAUCGAGCCAAGGUUUGCGCAGCGUCUGAGGAUGCGGCAGCGACGACGCGCAUGACUGAGAUUCAGUACACGCACGUGUGCUCCGAAUUGGGGGAUGCGGAAACAGCCAUCGGUCUCGUACUGCAAGAGAUGGAAGCGGGCCUCGCCAUACUCGUGCCAACGGUCGAAGACAACUUUGAGGCGCUACUGCCGACGCUGCCACCCGUGACCGAGCAUCUCCCCAGCGACGAAAAUGACGACGACGACGACGACGAAGAGUGGGAGGAUGUUGUGCCGUCAUCCGUCGUUGCGCACACCUCGGCGGCGCACUUGACGCUCGCGGAUGUCAUUGCUCAGUGCGGUCUCGGCAGCGCCGCGUACUCGCUUACAAUAACAGUGCCAGCCCUAAACGCGCCGGAGCUCGAGCACGUGCAGACUGCCGUCAAAGAAAGCGCCCUCCACCUUCGCAAACGAUAUCUCCCGCUGCUACGGCAAUGGCAAAACACGGUCAACGCACACGCGUCCUCGUCGUCUGACGUUCGCCAUCGUCUUCAGAAGCUCCAUGACAGCGUUUUAUCUACCCUCCUGAAGUGGAACGAACUCCGUGAGGCGAUUUCUCUAAAUGCAAACUCGGAGUAG